AUGGGCGAGUGGAGCUUCCUCGGCAAAUUCUUCGAGAGCCUCGAGGCUCGCUCGCCGAUGCUGGGCCGCUUCUGGCUCCUCCUCAUGCUGUUCUUCAGGAUCCUGAUUCUGGGCACGGUGGCCAGCGACCUGUUCGGAGACGAGCAGGAGGAGUUUACCUGCAACACCCUCCAGCCGGGCUGCAAGCAGGUGUGCUACGACAUAGCCUCCCCCAUCUCCCAGUACCGCUUCUGGGUCUUCCACAUCAUCGCCAUCGCCACGCCGUCCCUGCUCUUCAUGAUGUAUGCAGUGCACCACUCCAACAAGAAGACAGGCGGCUCCAAGCAAAGUCUGCCGAGCAGCCACCAAUACAGAGAGGAGGUGUGGUGGAAGCGGCUGUACAUCGUGAACGUGGCCUUCCGCUUGGUGGCAGAGGUGGGCGUCCUGGUGGGCCAGUGGUGGCUGUACGGCUUCAAGGUGGAGGCCCAGUUUCGCUGCAGUCGCUUCCCCUGCCCGUACACCGUGGACUGUUUCACCUCCCGCCCUGCCGAGAAAACCAUCUUCCUGCGCUUCUACUUCAUCAUAGGACUGGUGUCGGGUGUUUCCAGCUUCGCCGAGCUUUGCUACGCCUCGAAGAAGUGGUUCUGCUCCAGACGCGGGCCGCCACCACCGGACUACUCCUCCGUCAGCUUGGAGUACACCACCAAGCAGGGGAAAGGGGAGGGGCAGAAGCCUGGUAGGCUGACCCCGUUGAAAAGCGUGAGCAGCAGCAGCAGCAGGAGGCUGAAGUCGGGUUCCACGAGGAGCAGCAUGAGCAAGAGGGUCUCCGGCAUCGGGCGGAAAAGCGCCAAGUACUCGAGCAGCAGGGCUUUCGUGGUUUGA